AUGGAGGGCGUUCGCCACCGGACGGUGCCCGUGAACGGGAUCAGCAUGCACGUGGCGGAGAAGGGAGAGGGCCCUGUGGUUCUCCUCCUCCACGGCUUCCCCGAGCUCUGGUACUCGUGGCGCCACCAGAUCGCCGGCCUUGCCUCCCGCGGCUACCGCGCCGUCGCCCCCGACCUCCGCGGCUACGGCGACACGGAGGCGCCCGCCUCGCCGGCCGCCUACUCCGUCUUGCACCUCGUCGGCGACGUCGUCGCCCUCAUCGACUCCCUGGGCCAAGACAAGGUCAGAUACCCAUCAGUAAGCAUCAUCGAUUAACAGAAUUUGCAAGAAACAAAUAAAUCUGUCAAUAUAUUCAGGUGUUCGUGGUUGGGCACGACUGGGGGGCCAUUGUGGCGUGGAAUCUCUGCUUGUUCAGACCCGACAGGGUGAAGGCGCUGGUGAAUCUGAGCGUGCCCUUCCGCUAUUACUACUCUGACCGGAAGCCGGUUGAGUCCAUGAGGGCUCUGUUCGGCGACAAAUACUACAUCUGCAAGUUCCAGGUGUGCACGCUGCAAUCCAACGAGCAAAAGUUGUUGCCGUCCUUCGGACCGAUGUGAUUAUUCUAUAUCGCGCUUUAAUCCAGUAGAAACUCCAGACAUCAUAGACAUCCUUCAUCCUAUGCAGUCGUAGGUUGCACUUUAUAAUCAUCCAGAGCGUGCUGAACGGUACUGUCGACUUAACAAUCGAAGUAAAAAAAAAAUUGGCUCGUUUCCCGGAAAUAAAGCGGCCGCUUAAGUCCAUGCUGUGCAGUCAGCACGAGCAGGAAAUACCUUGGGACUUAAAUCCGUUCUUAACCCAUCAUUCUCUGGGUCAGCUAAGUCAAAGAAACCCUGCAACUAGCCCGGUGCAAAGCAAUACCUGUAGGUGGGAUGCCACCAAAUCCUUUGUGCUCCUGAUGAUUUAGAUGAAGAUGCCUUUAUAUUAUGCACUUUCUUUGGUCUGAAAAUAAUACGUUCACAAUGAUUUCAAGGAGCCCGGUGCAGCUGAAGCUGAAUUUUCCCAACUCGGCACCAGAUUCAUCAUGAGGAAGUUCCUGGCGGACAGCAAACCAGAUCCUAACCAUGUGUCAGAGUUCCAAGGAUCUGGAUCUCCAUCUGGUGAUGAACUCCCCUUACCUCCAUGGCUGUCAGAAGAAGACAUCCAUUAUUAUGCAAGUAAAUUUGAGAAGUCGGGCUUCACCGGGGGCUUGAACUACUAUCGAUCGAUGGACUUGUACGAUUCCCACAACUUUUACCUCAUUGAAGAUAUCUAAGAAUAAAUGAUUCUUCAGCAGAGUAAAACAAUGCCAGCGCCUACCCAAUGUUCAAUCUAACUCCGUCUGCUUUCUCCCGCAAGAACAAUGUUGUGACUUGGUGAUCCAUUGGCAGGAAUUGGGAGCUGACAGCACCGUGGGCGGGGUCACAGGUAAAGGUGCCUACCAUGUUCAUGGUGGGAGACCUUGAUCUCGUAUACCACAUGCCAGGCGUUCAGGAAUACAUACACAAGGGUGGUUUCCAGAGGGACGUUCCCUUCCUUCAGGACGUGGUGGUUAUGGAGUCUGUGGGCCAUUUUAUCAACCAGGAAAGGGGACCCGAGGUCAGCGAUCACAUUUACAACUUCAUUAAGAAGUUCCAGCCAUAG